CUGCUCUUUCUCGUCUUGUUCUUGCCGUCUUGCUUCAUCUUCUGCGCUCUCUCUCUCUCUCUCUCUCUCUCUCUCUCUCUCUGUGUAUAUAUUCAGGGAUACAGAGUAUGAGUAAGCAUAUGCAUGUAUAGAAUUUCAAUUUGGAAGUAGUGCAUGCAAUGGAAGGUGAUGGAGAGAAGAAGAUUAAUCUUGAAGUCGAAGACAUUCGACUGAUAGAUAUUUCAUCGGAGGAUGAUUUUCUGAUUGCUUCUCCGAUAUUCGAUUCUCUUGAAGACCUGCGCCUUUCAGUGACAUUGGAGAAUACAAAGCAGCAUGAAGGGUACAAGCUGUUUGGGGCUUCCAGUUCUCUGGAAGUAAAAACUGCUGCAGAAGUGCUUCUGCCAAAGGAACAAAAGCAUUUAUUUUCUGAAUCCAUGGAGCCAGCAAGACCAAGUUACAUGCGCAAAAGUUUAGCUUGGGAUAGUGCCUUCUUCACUAGUGCAGGUGUUCUGGAUCCGAAUGAGUUGUCUAUCAUAAAUAAAGGAUUCAACACCGCUGAAGCCCAUCUAUUACCCGGCAUUCAAGAAGAUAUGCAGAUGUGGAGAUCUGACACGGAAUCCACUUUGGACAGUGAUAAUUUCUCUUUGGAAAGCUUCGAGCUCGAUCUAUUUGAAGAUAUAAGAGCAUCCAUCCAUAAAUCCUAUGAAAAGUCCAAUGUUGCAAGUGCAAGUCUCAAACAGGCAGGCAUACAGAAUAUCCUCUCCUCCAAGAAAGCUGAUGUUGGUUAUCAAAACAAGUUGAAAUCCAUACCAGCUUCCAAAAUGCAAGGCAGCAAAUUGCAAGGAUCAGUUAAAAUAAAAAAGGAGGCCUCCAUUCACCGACAAAUACCACCACAGACUACCAGGAGUGGAGAAUCUGAUUCGUUGUCCCUUAAGCCACCCAAGACGGGCCAAAUGAACCCCGUAUCAUCGGCAGGACAAACAAAUAGGUCUUCAAUGGGGGAGUAUCAUGUUAAAAGGGAAAAUAAAUCCACAAAUAGAGGGUCUGGCCAAGGCUCGAUGGUGUCCAAAAAAUCUGGUUUGGGCUAUUCACGUGGUCCUACUACUAGCUCUACACCACCCCAUAAGUCAUCUUCUUUAGUUUCACUCUUUGCAUCCAAGGAUUCAGUAGAUUCAUGUUCCUCAGGUGACAGAUCCGCUGAUGCUUCAUCUUCUAAGUCUUUCUCAAACUUCCUGAGAAGAAAAACGUGUUCCAGAUACAGUAAACUGUCUCCUGGUUCAACCUUCAGCACCCCUCUCACACAGUCAGUCAGAACCAAAAGUGGCUUGAAAAAUUCUACUUCUUCAAUCACUUCAUCAUCAAUGACAAACCAUUCCUAUACGAUCUCACCUGCUAGCUCCUUUGAUGGAUGGUCCUUAGAAUCAUCAUCAUCAGCUUCUGCUGCCAAACAGGGACCUCAUAACUUGGAUGCCAGUCUUGAUUCUACUCUCACAGGCGUCUCAGUAGGAACUGAUGCCACUCAAGCAAAAGAUUUGCAGAGUCCUUCACCUGAUCUAUUUUCGGUUUUUCAAGAAAUUCAGGAAACUAGUUUGCCAAGUCAAUGUCCACACAAAACUUUAAGAGCAACUACUCCUGUUCCUCUUGCAUCAUCAGAGAACUUCAUACCUUCAGGUCUUCAAAUGCCAUCACCAAAAAUGGGGUUUUUUGAUGAGGAGAAAUCUAUGCUGCCAAAGGUAAGAGGAAGUCUGCAAUUUCAAUUUAGAGCACAGAAUCCUGUAAAUAAUAUUGAUGGUGCUGCUAGUAGAAAAGGGCCAGGUGAGCUUCAACCAGCUAAGACUUUACCAGAGACUGGGAAGAUAAGAACAGGCGUGCUACAUCCUGCUUCGGGCGUCAGGCCUAGGUAUGCUGCAGGGUUUCAAGCGCUAAAUAAUGCACCACCAAAAAGGUCUGGCACGUUUGCAACCAUGAGAUAUAGCUUAGGCACAUCUUCAAUUGCUCAUACUGCUAUAUCUCCUCCAGUAGACACAGAAAAUUGCUUGAAAAUCAGAAGAGUUGGUGCUGAGCAAAAUGCUACUAGAAAAGUUGGCCAGAGUUCUAGUUUGAAGUCAAAAGGGGUAAGAAACAAAGGGAUAUUGACCAAUAGAAAGGGAAUAGAGAAUAAGAGGCAAAAAGAUGAGACUGGCAUCCACAGCGAUGCUUUGAACUCGUCUAAGAAAAAACAAGAAGAGGCCAGCCAGCACCAUCUUGAGAACAAUCUGCAUUUAUAUCCUGAAAACGAGAAGAAAACCCUAGCUGGUUUUGAAGAUCAAGUUAAUGGUUUACGCAGGUAUUUCGAGAUCAUUGAUCUGAACAAGGAUGUGGUGAUGGAACUCAAAGGAAAAAGUGGCAAUUACCCUGAAAGUCACAGUACACCCAUUUUCUCAUCCUGUAAUGGGGAUAACCUUCUUUUUGAUCGGCAGCAGAAUUCACCAAUCAUAUCCUUGAAUCAUAGUCCACUUUCUGUUCCCACAACUGAUGAGGUUCUACCCAGCACAAGAACUCCAUUGGCUGACAGAACUUCUGUCUGCAAUAGCAGUGAAUUAUUUUUGUUGUCAUUAGAUUCAACAAGAGAAAAGACGGUCGAAAAGGCAUCAAUGUUUCUCUCUCCUGAAGGCACUCAUAGAAAGAACACCUGAGCCAUUGAGGCUUCCUGUACUCCCUCAAGCUGUGAGCAUCUCUAUUAUCAAAAAUGUGUGUUGAUGCAGGAUGUAUGCUUCUAGAGGCGGAGCUGUUUAUGUUGGAGAACCAAAUACAUAGGAUUUUAAUACAGGAUUUCGGGGGUGGAGGCAGAUGGAAUAUCUAUGCGUUUGAAGUUUUAUGCAUGAACAAGUGCAUGCAAUAAGUGCGCAAUACCACCAAAAUAAGCACAAGGUCUGUUUCAUUAGUUUAUGCUUUUAUGUAGCAUUCUUGUUAUACUCCUCACUUCCUUCAUGGGGUAAAAUUCAAUUGUCUAUGCUGUUGACUCAAAAUUGAUAGAGUUUUAGUGUGUUUAUCAGUAGCAGUUACUAAACACAGAUUGCAUUUCACAUUAUUUUGUGUCUUUUUUUGCUGGCAUGGCUGGUUCUGGUUUUCUUUUAUUGGGGGUUGGCAGAUACAUUAGGAAGUC